AUGUCGGAGGACGCAUGGAUCCAGCCCUCAUUGAUGAAGUUCUCCCUGGGCGUUGCGGCAGCCCUGGCAGGCUUCACCAGCGCUCUGCAGCCUGCUGACGUAUAUAUCCUGCAAUCCAAGCAGGCUUCGACCUCUGAGACCCCCUCUUUGCCACGGCAAGUCGCACGUCUCAUCCUUCUCCAGCGCCUAGCACCCGAAGCCUGGACCGACUCGCUCAACGAUAUUCCCGAAGACGUGACGACCGAGACCGCCGUCUCGUAUAUCAACCAAUUCGGCAAGUCGCCUCAACCGCUUUUCGACAACAAGGUCACUUCCGAGCCCUCGCAGCUGCUUGUUAUGCUCGAGGGUAUCUCAACCGAAGAUGCCAAAACAUUAAAGAAGACCCUGAAGGGCUCCAGCCCGGCAUUCGAGGUCAACGAUGCGCCGUCAUCCGUUGCCAACCACAAUCUGGCGCAGAGUGACAUGGUCUCCGCUGGCGUCGGCGCGACCAACUGCGAUUUCGUGCGCGCCAUCAACCCUUUCGAGGAGGAGUGCUGGAGCGGCAAAUCUUCCGUCGCCGUAUUCGACGUCCGAAAGGACACCGCCAUCCUCGCUUCUCUUGCCGACAACAUUUCGCGCCUCCAGAAGCUCGCGCAGAGCGGCGAGAUGGAGACCACCCUUGUCCUCCUUCCUGAGACCUCCCGUGUCUCCUCUCUCAACGCCUGGUCCAGCAAGCCCCAGUCCCUCCGCCAUCGCCAGGUCGCCGAGGAGGUCAUGACGGAGGCUGACGAGCCCGCCCCCACCACUGCUGCCUCUGAGGUCGAGGCCGCCGACGUGCCUCUCGCAUCUUUUGUCCGUGGCCGGGACCUCCCCUCCUGCUUCGCCUCCGCCGACAGCUGCCAAAACUCAACAGGCAACUGCUCUGGCCACGGCAAGUGUGUGAACAAGUACGCCAGAGAAGAUGGCUCCGACUCCGGCACAUGCUUCUACUGCCAGUGUGAGUCGACUCGCCCCGACAAUGGCUCCGUCACACACUGGGCGGGCGCCACAUGCAGCAAGGUCGAUGUCAGCGCGCCUUUCUGGCUGUUCACUGGCUUCACGAUCCUCAUGGUUGGCAUUUUGACCUUCUCCAUCGGCCUGCUUUACAGCAUUGGCGAGGAGAAGCUGCCUGGUGUCAUUGGCGCUGGCGUUUCCAAGUCGAAGUGA